AUGUUUGGAUACUUGUUGAAUAAGAUUAGUUCGACUCUGUCAUCGAAUGAUACAACAUCGACAACAACAACAACAUCACCUCAACAAAAUCAACAAACACAACAACAACAGAAACAGAAGACUACUCAAUCACAAGAUGUCGACGACUUGAAUCAGUUCAUACAUUCAAUGAACAUCAACAAGUCACAGAGUGAUCUUGACUUGAUGUUGGCCAUUAUAAAUGAUAGACUACAAAAGACAGAUUAUACAGAUGCAUUGAAACAGCUGAAGCAAUUUGUCUUUAUAACGAUAGAGGCAUUGAGCCAUGGCGCUGCACAUUCAAACACCGAUAGCACCACUUACAAUCAACUACAGACCUCAUAUCAAUUGCCAACGAUGAACAAGCUCGAGGAUCUCUAUCAGAGUGUUCGACUCAAGGCUGACGAGGCGACACGAGCCGCCAAUGAGACACAACUGCUCGAGAUCACUUUGAUACUGUCGAUCAUUCAACAGACCCGCUAUCUGAUGCUCAAUCACCGUUCACGAUCAUCUGGCUCAGAAUCAACGCCAUCGCACCAUGAGCAGCAGGAUGAUGGCUUUCAAUUGUUCACACAGUACCAUGCCAAGCAGGUUCUUGCCGAUAUACAACCAUUGAUCAAAGAACUGCUGCGAACCAAUGGUUUGAUACAAUCGAAUGACUUGGCCAACAGGAUAAAGGCUAUGCACAACUGCUGGCAGGCACUCUAUAAGAUACUGAUGUUGGUGGUGAACAAAACAAACAACAUCAGCCAUAUAAUCUCCAAGCAGUGGAGUUGGAACACAACCAUACUUGAGAAGAAUAAGAAGGUCAAGCUGAAGGAGUGGCAAGCGUCCAACAUGACCAUUCCACUUCACAAUCAAUCAUCAAUGUACCUAGACCAAAUAUUUACAAUCAUUCAAGAUAGACUAAAGGAUCAAACACUGCUCGCCAAGUAUAAUGAUGCCAACAGUCACAUGGAAGACUUGAUAAUGAAUAUGGAGACCAAUCAGGAGUAUAUUGAUUCCAUUCAGUACCUAUUGGGUGUUGACGAGCUGUUGGAUGGUCUGAGUGCCAUAUCAGAGAUAUCAUUCAAGUAUUCAAACUUUAUCAAGGAGAACACACCUGUAGGUAUCAUAACAGUUGUUGCUCCGUCCACCUCCUUCCGCUUGACUGACCAUCAUAUUUGCUUCAGGAAUCAUCCAAACUUGUUGAGUUGA